UCUUUUGCACGGUUAGGAUAAUUCCUGAUCGUGACAUUUAUUGUACCAUGCUGACCUUGUAUUGGCAGAUGGACAGAACAGUUUGAGCUGCUGGCAGGGAGAGUGUUUGAUUCUUCCGACUCUCAAUUUCUCCUCAUAUCCUCAGCGUGCUUUUAAUUGUUGACAAUUCUAUGGAAGAGGGAUCCCAUUUCAGGGUGGUCUGUGCGGUGUGGUGGUGAUGCACUACACAUGGGCCAUAACUACAGUAACUGUCUUAAUAUAGAGAAUAAGCUGGCUAUGAAGGGGCUGACAGGAUAGGUACACAUCCCUUCUUGAGAUCCGAUCUGAGGAGGAAGAUGAAAAAUUGAAUGGCUUAAAAUUCUGCAUGAUUCACAGACCAAACAGCACCACAGUGAUUAUAGAAGACUAACAUACAAUAAAAGCAAUCACUGUCAGCAGUAUGCACUAAUCUCCGCAUUUUAUUUGUUGAAUGUUAGGUAAUGUUUUUGCAUUUACUGGCAGAUUUAUAUAUAUUUUUGAUGAAAAAUUACAGUUCUUCCUUUAAAACAUCUUCUGUUUCUUUAGAAAUGUACAGUGGAAGAUGUGAAAUAGAAAGCAGAAAGCUUUUAAGGUUUCAACAGCUUAUCUGUGUCUAGAAAGCAGUCUGAAAUUGCAAAAUUCACACUUUUGUUUUGUCUUCAAUAGAUUUUUUUUUUUUUUUGAUACUCAACCUAUUCAGUAGUAUUUGCAGUCGUGUUGGGGAACAUGUGGAAAAUAUUUAGGGCUUUGAAUCAUACCAGAUGUUUUUCUGUUACCAGUAAAAUCACUUGAUCUGAUCAGACUCAAGAAACAUGUUUCUAAAGUUACUUGUCAGCUUUGCACCUCUAUCACUUCCUCCCAUUCAAAUGAUCAACGGCCUUGAAGACAAGGCAUCUCCCAAGGAAUUCCUUUUUUUUCUCUUCUCUUUCUCUUCUCUUUCAGCCGACUGACGCCCAAGCUGAUGCUCGCUCCUUCUUAAGCGAGGAAAUGGUUGCAGAGUUCAAGGCUGCCUUCGAUUUGUUCGACAGUGAUGGUGGUGGUGAUAUCAGCACCAAGGAGUUGGGUCAGGUCAUGAGAAUGUUGGGUCAGAACCCAAGCAGGGAAGAACUGGACGCCAUUAUUGAAGAGGUUGAUGAGGAUGGCAGUGGAACCAUCGACUUUGAGGAGUUCUUAGUCAUGAUGGUGCAGCUGCUCAAAGAGGACCAGGACGGAAAGUCAGAGGAGGAACUGUCGGAGUGUUUCCGCGUGUUUGACAAGAAUGGGGAUGGGUGGAUUGAUCGUGAGGAGUUUGGGGAGAUUAUGACGGCCACAGGAGAGCCAAUUAACGAGGACGAGGUGGACGAGCUGAUGGGUGAUGCAGACACAAACAAAGAUGGCAAGAUCGAUUUCGAUGAGUUCCUGAAGAUGAUGGAGAACGUACAAUAGAUUCAAACCACAUUCCUUCGUGCCCCAUUCUUUACAAGAUGCUUAUGCUGACCUCCCUAAUGGGUGAGAAGAAAGAAACAAACACCUUGGAUACAAAGAGAAUGAAGAAUGAAGUCCAUCAUAUCAAAGUUAAAGGGGAGUCCUAAUGAAUUCAAAGAAACUGAGAUGACUAAUCUAACGUAUCAUGCUGCCAACACUUUUCUGGAGAUGGUUGCUGGUGGACAUCUAUAAAUAACCAUAUGAAACCCUUGAGGUGGACAGCCAAACACUCCCCCCAUAUCCACACACACCCUUGAGACACUUUCCCUCCCACCCCAUGCCUCCCCUUCAGCUGUCUCCUUCCACACCUGCUAGUUCUUGAGACAUACCCCUCCACCCUACCCCCUUAUUUGAGUCUCCUCUGGCUCCCUCGUUCCUUGCCCCACCCUCUGUGAAAUGUUUCAAAAUAAACCAGCUUCCAUCUUUGCCUCAGCUCCCACCUCAAUGUUAUAUCUUAAUGUUAAAGAGACUAAAAUUAUGUAAACGCUCAGAAAAUAUACAGUGUACUUCAUGAAGCGUGUGUGUCCAGGGGUUUUAUUUUCUUCUUGACUUAAAAAGCAGACCUGGUUGAGAAAACAAAAUUGGCAGAGCUUCUCUAUACUUGAUAGCAAUUACUGGAAUGUUGUUUUUAAUGUAUAACUUACAUUCAUUUCUAGUAAAUUUUCAUGUCAUUGUUACAAGUUUGUGCAUCAUAUUUUGUUUUUGUAGCCUCAUUGUCCAUGCUUCAUACCCAAAUAUUGUAUGUGCAAGAGACGUGCCAUCACAUUUUCAUGAGACUAAACCACCUUCCCUUCCCCUCCCCUCUCCAUCCACCAUCCUCUGCACUCCUUUGGGUCACAGAUCAUGUUUCCACAUCAUCAACAGUCUUCUCUCCCCACAAAAGUAUACAACAUCCAUGUGGCUUGUCCAUAGGCAGAGAGACCAAAUGUCUGCAUCCACACUUAAUUUCUUUCUUCAUAUCAGUGAUAUCUCCAUAACGGACGUAUUUCACAUACUCUUAUACCCACAAUACUUACCUUUUAUGUGUUACUUGUAACACCAGUUAGAUGUUUAUGCGUCUUAGUGUCUUUUGGUAGACAGCUAGUCAGGACAAAGUCAAGUAAACAUUUGUUUAAAAAAAAAAAA